AUGGCCCACGCCGCCCCUCCACAGCUGCAGCUUCGCCCAGAGGCCCUCAGCCUUCAACUCCACAGCGCCGGGCCAGCCAGCGAGUGCAGCAAGAGUGGCGGCGAGGCCCUCGAGGGUGGGGGCCCCCAGCCUACUUGGGAGACAGGAGAUCCGCAGCAGCAGCUGCUGCGGCUGCAGCAGCAGCAGCAGCAGCAACAGCAGCUACUGAUGCUCCGGCAGCAGCAGUUGCUGCCGCUGCACCCACAGCAACAGCAACAGCAGCUGCUCAACAGCAUCAACAGCUCCAGCUUUAGCAGCAGUUGCACAGGAGACGGCUGCCCAUGCUGCUGGCAGACCCUACAACGGCCUUAG